CUCUCACUCACACACGCCUCUCUCACACACACUCACACACACACACACACGCCUCUCUCACUCACACACGCCUCUCUCACACGCGCACACACAACAACACAAACAUUGGCGUCACGUAGCCCGCACUCCCACAUCGACACAGAGGAAGCAGCUACCCCGUGACACAUCACUCCGUGUCUCUGUGUGUGUCUCUGUGUGUGUCUCCCUUACUCUCUCCCUGUGUCACACGACUAUCAUACAGCAAGAUAGCCACCCAGUGACACAUCACUCCGUGUGUGUGUCUGUGUGUGUGUCUCUGUGUGUCUCUGUGUGUGUGUGUCUCUCUCCCUGUGUCACACGACUGUCAUACAGCAAGACAGCCACCCAGUGACACAUCACUCCGUGUCUCUGUGUGUGUGUCUCUGUGUGUGUGUCUCUGUGUGUCUCUGUGUGUGUCUCUGUGUGUGUGUCUCUGUGUGUGUGUCUCUGUGUGUGUCUGUGUGUGUGUGUCUCUGUGUGUGUCUCUGUGUGUCUCUGUGUGUGUCUCUCCCUGUGUCACACGACUAUCAUACAUCAAGACAGCCACCCAGUGACACAUCACUCCGUGUCUCUGUGUGUGUGUGUCUCUGUGUGUGUGUCUCUGUGUGUGUGUGUCUCUGUGUGUGUGUGUCUGUGUGUGUGUGUCUCUGUGUGUGUCUGUGUGUGUGUCUCUGUGUGUGUGUCUCUGUGUGUGUGUGUGUGUCUGUGUGUGUCUCUGUGUGUGUCUCUCCCUGUGUCACACGACUAUCAUACAGCAGCAAGGCGCCGUCUUCCUCUGCCAGAAAGCCGACGCACGCACGGACUGACGCACGCCGGAGCGCCGCAGAUCGCCGGGAAGCACCGGGGGAGUGAACCGCGACAUCCCCCCCCCCCCUCUCGCUUGGCCACCCAUUGCCAGCUCGUCCACUCAACGUCCGCCCAACGUCCGCCCAACGUCCGCGCAACGUCCGCGCGCUGCGCCGGCGUCACCGAGGCCGCCGCCCGCGUGAGAUGCGCCGCGCCGUCCGGCAGCAUCCCAACGAGUUCCCGUCGGAUCGCCGCUUCUGAUCGCUGAUCGUCGGGCGAGCGAGCGGAGCGGACGAAGAGAGCGUGGAGAGCGAGGGGGCGAGGAUUGGCAGCCACCCACCGCCACCACCACCACCCCCCCCCCCACCCCCGAGGCGAGCGCGGAGUCUGACUUCCACCCCCGUCUUCCUCCUCCUCCUCACUCCGGAGGCAUGGCGGUGCGUGACGCUCGCUGGCUCACCCUGGAGGUGUGCCGCGAGUUCUCGCGAGGCUCGUGCUCGCGCGACGCCUCCGAGUGCCGCUACGCGCACCCCCCCGAGGGCGUCACCGUGGACAACGGGCGCGUCGUCGCCUGCUUCGACUCGCUCAAGGACCGCUGCACACGCGACAGCUGCAAGUACCUGCACCCGCCGCAGCACCUGAAGGCGCAGCUGGAGAUCAACGGGCGCAACAACCUGCUGCAGCAGAAGAGCGCCGCACUGCUGGCGCAGCACAUGCACAUGGCGAGCGCGGGCGCCACCUGCACCCUGCAGGCGCCACAGGUGCACCCCAUGAUCUAUCCGAUGCUGCAGGGUUUCCCGGCGGCCCACGCGGGGGGCAUCUUCGCCCAGAGUCACUCUCCCUACGCCUCCUUCUCCCCGUACCUGCCCAUGCUGUCGCAGGCCCCCAUGGGGCUGUUCACAGACCUCUCCCUCGGGGGCCACCUGCUCUUCCCGGGGGGCUCCUACCUCCCGCAGCUGACGCUGGGGGACCCCUCCUGCGGCGCCAUGGGCCCCGGCAUGGCCCCCUCCGCGGCGAGCAUGGCGGGGGCCAUGGCCGCGGCGGCAGCGGCGGCCGCCGUGUCGCAGAAGGCCUUCCGCAGCGAGCCGACUGCCCAAUCACUGAAGCGACCGCUCCAGGCAACCUUUGACCCGUCGGGCCCGCUGUCUCCGUCCGCCAAGCGCCCUGCUCUGGACGACUCGGUCUGGGGCUCGUCGGGCCCCGCCCCCCCGCCCCCCGGCCCCCACCCCCCGCCGGGGCCCCCACCCCCCGCCCCCCCCCACAACACCCACACGCUGCUGGGCCCGGGCCUCCUGCACUACCAGGGGGGGGGGCCGCACGCCACCGCAGCCUUCCUGCAGGGGGUUCCCAUGAUGCCCGGCACGGUCGUCACGGCGACGAACCCCGGCCUGCAGUUCGUCACUUCGGCCGCAUCUGCCGGGCAGAUCCUCCUGAAAUGACGCUGAGCGAGGAGGCGAAACUUCUCUCCGGCCGCAGCAGCAGCAGCGACUCCCUCGGCCGGCCUCAAGUCGACAACGAACGGUGCGAAGAUUUUCCGCGGGAAGAGUUUGCGAGGACGGUGAAGGAAGGAAGGAAGGAGGAGGGAGGGAGGAGGAAAGGCCGGAAGACGUGGAUGAAGUUUAGCGAGGCUCCCGCUUACCCCCCCCCUCUCCCCGCUCCCCCAGCACUCAGACCGUCUGCCUCGGGGGGCGGACUUUAAAGACCCCCCCCGGUGACGCCGUUUCGCGAGCAGGCGGUGUCGCAGUCCAAAUGUAAAAAAACAAAAAACAAAAAAAAUUCCGCCGGAUAAAUUAAGAGUUUUAGAGAGAGAGAGAGCGGAAACGCGUUAAUAUAAGUUAGGAAGCGGUGCGGCGUUCAUCUUCGUCAUCCGUGGAAAUUCCACGUUAUUACGUCGGGGCCCAGUAUGUCCGUGCGACGGCGACGACGGCGGUGAUGAUGAUGUCUGAGACGAGCUGAUUUGACCCCCAACGACCCCCCACCUCGAACUCGUGACCCUUCAGGACCGGCGUCCGAGGACCUCGCGUCGUCACGGUAACCGGCUCCAGCUGGGGGGUUGAAGUGUGCGGAGUGGGGGGCAUUGAGGCUGCGGUGACGUGGAAGGAUGCCGGUCAGAGGAUGAUGGUCAGUGAGUCUUUCUCGUCGGCGCGUCGCGAGAGGCAAAGCUCCGUUAGCCCGCGGCGCGCUCGCUCGCUCGCUCACUCCGGAUCCACGCGGAUUUUGAACCGGAAUGGAACAGCUUCCCCCUUCCCAGCUGCGCUAGACGGCAGGGCGUGCCAUCAUCCACAGCAGCCGUAGCAUCAUCAGCAGCAGCAGCAGCAGCACCAUCAGCAUCAUCAGCAGUAGCAGCAGCAUCAGCAGCAGCAUCAUUAGCAGCAGCAGCGUCAUCAUCAGCAGCAGCAUCAUCAGCAGCAGUGUUGGUAACAUCAACGGCAGCGGCAGCAGUAGCAGCAGCAGCACCAUCAGCAGCACCAUCGUCAUCAGCAGCAUCAUCAGCAUCAUCAUCAGCAGCAGCAUCAUCAGCAGCAGUGUUGGUAACAUCAACGGCAGCGGCAGCAGCAACAGCACCAUCAGCAGCACCAUCGUUAGCAGCAUCAUCAGCAGCAGCAUCAUCAGCAGCAGCAGCAUCAGCAGCAGCAUCAGCAGCAGCACCAUCAUCAGCAGCAGCAUCAGCAGCAGCAACAGCCAACAGGAAGGCGUCACUAACCAAAAUGGGUGGCAAGUUGAAUUGUGGGCAAAAAAAUAAUAAUUUUGAGCCGUUCGUCCGUUUUUUUUCCGUUAAAAAAUGAAUUUUAACCUUCAGUUUUAGUUUUUCUUAAAUGUGUCCCCGACGGCCAGGCGUGAACGUAUAUAUAUAUAUUUUAAACGUUUUCAAAGUCGAACGACAACUAUAAUUGUUGUUGUCGCCGUCGUCUUAGUGUCGUUGAGUAGUGUGCGUGUAGUCGAAUGACUGUCUUUAAGAAAUCCCGGCCGCCCCCCUUUGAAAACGCAGGGGCUGGCGCGGGGGGUUUGGGGGGCCGUGGUAGACGGGGGUGUGGGGGGCUCAGGGGGGGGUAGGGGCAGUACGCCUCUACGUGUCCAGGUUUCCCGUUGGUUGGGGGGGGUGCUGUGCAUGGGGCGGUUUAGCGGCGAUCGCGAUGACGACGAUGGAUACGUCCGAAAAUGUUUGCGCCUCCGAAUUAUUUAAUCUUUUAUUUUGUUUGUUUAUCAGCGGCAUUACAGCGGCACGGGGCAUCUGGCGGAGGGCGCGCGGUUUGAGCCGCGAACGCGGAACGCCUUGCAGGGGGGGGGGCCGGGGCGAACGGCGGACGUCGUAGUUGGAAACCCGUUGUUCGUGCGGGUCGCUCACCCGGAACGACCUCUGACCCCUUGACCCCCCGACCCCCCGACCCCCCGACCCCAUCCCGCAGGUACCAGAUCUUGGUACAGCGAUACCGACCCCACAAACUGACCCCACAAACCCACCUCACAAACCGACCCCACAAACCGACCCCACAAACCGACCCCACAAACCGACCCCACAAACCGACCCCACAAACCGACCCCACAAACCGACCCCACAAACCGAUCCCAUUAACCGACCCCACAAACCGAUCCCACAAACCGACCCCACAAACCGACCCCACAAACCGAUCCCACAAACCGACCCCACUAACCGACCCCACAAACCCUGAGGCUCGCUCACUGCGUCUGGCCCCAGGCUCCCGCGGUAGACCCUCGCCUCCUGAUCUCAACCUGACACCAAUCGACUCUCACCCACAAUCCGGCCCCAAACUGUGAACCUAUCCUGCUCACGGACUCACACCUAUUACCCUUAACCCCUAUCCAAUCACCCUCGUCCUAACCUAUAACCCUAAUCCUAACCCCAGCCCUAUAUUGCGAACCCUCCCACUAACCGCCAAAACCCAGCCCUGGUCCUAAAUAACUCCCCCCUCCACCUGCCCGCCCGCCCCGGACUCCCCCCCCCCCCCCUAAUGAUGAGCUCGCGUCUCUUCAACCCAGCGCAGCGCAGCGAGGAGCCGGUGGCGGGAGCCAAACUGCCUGAAGCCAAUUCUUGUCCUGUGGACAAUCUCCAGCCAUAGUGUGUAUGUACGCGUGCGUGCAUGUGGGCGUGCGUGCGUGUGUGCGUGCGUGCGGUACGUGCGUGCGUGCGUGCGGUACGUGCGUGCGGUACGUGCGUGUGGUCGUGCGUGCGUGCGUGCGGUACGUCUCGACCCGCAAGGCGCGCACUAAACGCGCACGCACCACGCGGCGAUUUGUUCACGCGCGGAACAAAGCGCGCAUCAUCUCCGAGAUUUCACCCCUUCCCCUCCCAGCUUCGUCGGGUAGCCCGGGGGCAGCUCGCCGGGUUGGGGAGCGCUUGGGGGCUGCGGCGAACUCGCGGAGAUGGGCGGCGGAGCGGUUCCUGGUUCCGAAGCGGUUCGGGCGAUGAUGCUGCUUGCCACUGAUGUUGGCCGUGGUCUGGUGUCGAACCCGGGACGGCAGUGUCGGAGCCCGGUGCGAUAACCGCCACUCCGCCGUUCAUUCCCCCCCCCCCCCCCCCCCGCAACUCCGAUUAACACGGUUGGCUACGUACGGUGCAAAAGAAGUUCUACAUACACACGUACAUACACCAUCACUAUGCCACCAACACCACUACUACCACCAACACUAUACCACCACCACUAUACCACCAACAGCACUACUACCACCACCACCACUAUACCACCACCACCACUAUACCACCACUACUACCAUCACCACCACCAACACCACACCACCGCUACUCCCACUAUAACCCGCACCUCCAAUUGGCACGGUAGGCUACGCACGGUGCGAAAGAAGUUCCCACGUGCGUACGGCACGUGUGCAGUGUGAUCCACGUGCAGAUACCCCACUGAUUUACCAUGACCCCCCCCACCUCCCCCCCCCGACUUUGCUUCUCAACGGCCGAGCGAACAUGGAGAGAGCAGCCGACGGCUCCCCAUCUGGUGACGCUUGUGCCUCGCAGCAGGUACCAGAGGUCGCAAACGGGUUUUGAUUCCUUACCCGUACCCAUACCCGGCCGCACCAGGGUCGCAAACGGGUACCCGUACCCGUACCCGGCCGUACCCGUACCCUACACCCGUACCCGGCCGGGUACGGGUAUCGGGUACCUGAUUGCGACCUCUGGGAUGAAGCCAUGUUGCAGGCGCGGGUGGGUUGAUUCUAGGAACUUGAAUUGUGAGAAGAGACAAGACGUUGGGAAAUGAGUGACAAACGGUUGCUCACCAGUGACUCACGGUCUACCCGUACCCGUACCCGGCCGGGUACGGGUAGCCGGGUAUCGGGUAGGGUACGGGUAUCGGGUAGGGUACGGGUAUCGGGUACCCGGUUGCGACCUCUGGCGGGCAGGGCCCCUGGGUUCGAUCCCCAACUCCGGGUGCCUUAGGAUUUGUGCAUUCUUUCCCCCGCCUUGUUCCGCAUGCGUUUCCGCCGGGUCCUCUGAUUUUCCUCCCAUAGAUAAACAAAAAAAUACAAAAUCCCCCUCGUACGAUGCGACUGGUAAUUGCCAAAAACAUCCCCCGGGUGCCGAAAAAAUGUCGUGCGAAAGACUCAAUUGGGAUCACCGGCAACGCCGUUCGCCAGUAAGUGGCGGUGACAUCAUCACGGCGCUUGUGUCAGCCACUAUGCCACGGGGGAAGGGCAUCAAGGUGCAUCUCGGGGUUGUCACGGUGGCUGUGAGAUGUUAACUACCUCGCCUGGUAUACAGGAGGUCGUGGGUUUGAUCCCGACCCUGACGCCUGCUGCUGUAUAUUUGGAGUUUGAGUGUCUCUCUCUCAUCAUCAUCACGGUGGCUUGGAGAUGUUAACUCCCUCGCCUGGUAUACAGGAGGCCGUGGGUUUGAUCCCGACCCUGACGCCUGCUGCUGUAUAUUUGGAGUUUGAGUGUCUCUCUCUCAUCAUCAUCACGGUGGCUGGGAGAUGUUGACUACCUCGCCUGGUAUACAGGAGGCCGUGGGUUUGAUCACGACCCUGACGCCUGCUGCUGUAUAUUUGGAGUUGCGUGUCUCUCUCUCAUCAUCAUCACGGUGGCUAGGAGAUGUUGACUCCCUCGCCUGGUAUACAGGAGGUCGUGGGUUUGAUCCCGACCCUGACGCCUGCUGCUGUAUAUUUGGAGUUUGAGUGUUUCUCUCUCAUCAUCAUCACGGUGGCUUGGAGAUGUUAACUCCCUCACCCUGGUAUACAGGAGGCCGUGGGUUUGAUCCCGACCCUGACGCCUGCUGCUGUAUACUUGGAGUUUGAGUGUCUCUCUCUCAUCAUCAUCACGGUGGUUAGGAGAUGUUAACUCCCUCGCCUGGUGUACAGGAGGUCGUGGGUUUGAUCCCGACCCUGACGCCUGCUGCUGUAUAUUUGGAGUUUGAGUGUCUCUCUCUCAUCAUCAACACGGUGGCUAGGAGAUGUUAACUCCCUCGCCUGGUGUACAGGAGGUCGUGGGGUUGAUCCCGACCCUGACGCCUGCUGCUGUAUAUUCGGAGUUUGAGUGUCUCUCUCUCUUUCACCGUGGUGGCAUUUGUGACAGGUGGCUGCUGAAAAAGAGCUAUACAGUAUAGCUCAGUGGGUUUACCUGGUGAAAUCAAAAAUAGUUUAGUCUUAAGUGUCGCUGCUGCUGCUGCUGAUAGUAGGAUGUCACGGAACAGACCCCAGGUGGUGCCAUGGGUUGACUGGACUGAGAUGAUUUUGACAGAUGCGCCAUCUGCACGGCCUCAACCCACACCCCACUUGCGACCAACUUAGGAUCGCAUCGGAAAACUUCACAGGCCCCCUACUGCUGAAAUAACUUGAUAGGACCGACCCUCCUGCAACAAGAGUCACGUGACUCUGUGAGGCCUUUGCUGGGGGGAGGGGGGGGGAGUGAUCGUUAUGGGGGGGGGGGGAGCGGUGGGAUGGGGGAGCGGUGGGACGGGGGAGCGGUGGGACGGGGGAGCGUGUUACUGGGACGUGACACCACGCGCGAAUUGAUAUCGGUGGGAGAGAGACGUUACGGGAGGCUCCGAAACAUCAAACGGCGUAUCCCGAUCACCCGAUCACCUUUCGCUUUAAAGCUUUCGUGACUGCAGGGAUUCACCUUAUUGGUUCUUUCGGUAAAGUAACGUAGAAGUGAAAUAAUUAAAUAAUAAAAAUAAUACAAUCAUUCUGAUCGUUAUGGGAGGGGGGGGGGGGGGUCUGUCGGAAAGACAGCGUCUGAAUUCGGACGCUGUCUUUCCGACAGACCUGUUCUUCACCUGAGGACGGCUGCUUGCGUUGUGGCCGAAACGUCGUGAGAAUUAUAUUUUAUUAUGUUUUACUUUUAUUAUUUUAUUAUUUCCCUUCUACCUGACUUUACCGAAAGAACCAAGAAGAUGAAUCCCUGCAGUCACGAAAGCUUCAAAUCGACGAUGGAAUUGGCCAAAACGUCGAAAUGACUCGGGGUCAGAGGGUCACGUGGGGGGGGGGGGGGGAGGCUCAGCGAGGACGUCCCCCCCCCCCCCCAUCCUCGGGAGGUCAACCCGGCGUGUCGUGGAAGUCGACUAUCCUUCCCGUCGUCAACAUCGCCCUCACGUCGUCCCACGUGACGCGCUUCCUCUCUCUCUCCCGCCAUCGGCACGCGCAGUAGGUGGCGGUGCCGCUGUUGAGCAUGCGGGCGGUGGAACUUGACACCGGGGGGGAGGAGGGGCGUGUGGUCGAGUAGCGGAGGGGGUGGUGAGGGGGGGGGGUUAGUGGGGGGGGUGGGGGGCUCGAGGGUUGGCAGUGGGGGGUGCGAGCUGUUGAUUGGAGUCCCGCUGCCAGAAGCCGUAUCACUGACGUCACGGGCGGUGAGCGCGUGCCCUCUGACCCCACCCCGUGGCCCUCUUGACCCACCCCGUGACCCUCUGGCCCCACCCCGUAGCCCUGUUUGACCCCUCACCCCGUGGCCCUCUUGACCCCCCACCCCGUGACCCUCUUGACCCCACCCCGUGACCCUCUUGGCCACACCCCGUGACCCUCUUGACCCCACCCCGUGACCCUCUUGACCCCCCACCCCGUGACCCUCUUGACCCCCCACCCCGUGACCCUCUGGCCCCACCCCGUGACCCUCUGGCCCCACCCCGUGACCCUCUGACCCCACCGCGUGACCCUCUUGACCCCACACCCCGUGACCCUCUUGACCCCACACCCCGUGACCCUCUUGACCCCACCCCGUGACCCUCUUGACCCCACCCCGUGACCCUGUUUGACCCCCCACCCACCCAGAGCCAGACUCCGACGUCUCGUCCCGCAUGUCCAAAGCGCGUUUUACGUUGUGCUUCUGGCUCGGCACGGCAAACAAGAAAACCCAGCCGGUGGGAAAGAAAAAGACAGCCGACCAUGUAACUGUAAAGCGACCACGAUGGUUCGACUCAGAUUUGGCCAGUGGGGGAGGGGGGGGGGGUAACAAAGGAGGGGGAGGGGGGCGAAAGGGGAGGGGGGUGAUAGGUUAUGAACGUCCUAUUCAGCCCCCCCCCCCCCUUCCCGGUGCGGUAAGCAACAAAAAUUGUACUUCUCCGCCCGUGAAUUAAACAAACAAAUGGUAACAAGUAUAACCCGUAAAAACAAAGUUUUUCACUAUAAAUCCUUUAUAUGCGUGGCGGCUAGAGUCCUCUCGUCCUCUGGCUUGAGAUGGCUGCCACCUAUGGAUCAGAUGAUUGCAUUGCACCAUUAAGCAAUUGGUAAUUAAAUAGAAUAUUUUUGUUCUAAAAAGUGUAAAAUUUUGGAGAAAAAAAAUGUCACGAACAUUAAUUGUCACGCACAACGAGUCUGUGUGGAAAAUGUCAGCUCGAUUGGAUCACGGGAAGUGGGUUAAAAAACGACCGAAAGAUUUGCACGGUCGUAAGCAAGCAAGCACGCAAGCAAGCGAACUUAAUAUAAAGGAUUUAAAAAGACCCCCAUGCGAAUGUUGGUUUUGCACUGGCACGCUCGCGGCUCGCGACGGAGAUGUGGGGGGCGUCCGUGUGCGGCGUCUCUCUUCGUGCUGUCCGUCGGGAAUGCUCUCGAAUUCUUUAAAGCGGCGGUCGUCAACUUGGUCUCUUCGUCUGUCGGGACGCGCCUCUUUUUUUUUUUUGAAAAUGAAAGAAGAAGAAAAAAAAACGACAACAAAAAAAAGCCGAUCUUGUGCCUCUGAUUUUGCGAGCGGGCGCGCGUCCCGCGUGCGUUAGCGUGGCGUACCCGCGCGCGUUCUGCGUACGUAGCGUACCCGUGCGCGCGCGCGUUCUGCGUACGUAGCGUACCCGUGCACAUGCGCGUCCUGCGUACAUGGCGCGCGUUAUUUCGAUACCCGUGUCGACAAUCUUGUGACGUGAUUUGUAAGUGAACUUCAUCAAGACGUGGUUCCCGAGUCCGUGCUGUGCAUACCUUUGUUUAGUUUCUUUUUUGGGUUCAUUUUCAUUCUCUCUCGGUUUAAUAAUGAUGAUAAUAUUGUUGUUGUUGUUGUUGUGGUCGUCGUCGUUCUGAUUACGAUUAAACAUACCGUUGU